AUGAUGGCGUCACUAUCGUGCUACACAAACGCAUUGUCAGCUGAUGCAGAAAUUACCAAGGUCAACUUUUUCACCUACCAUUUCUUUAUGUCACAAGAUGUCAUCGAGCAAGUAUUGAAAAACAAGGAGGCCGGAGAGGCUACCGUCAUUUUGGACACAUCCACACCUUCGGGUGCCAUGUUGUCGGAUGAUAAGCCCCACGACAGACCACUCACCCGCCGCCUUAUCCCCAUUGAGAUGGAAUGCCCCAAACUUCAAGAACUCACUCGUUUCCACUGCCACCAAAAAGGCCAUUUUCGUCGACAUUGUCCUGUUGCAUACCGUGAACGCCAAGCCGCUGCGGUGGAUUCAUUGACCGAUCUUCAGCUUCUUGACACGUACCCAACCACAGCAAUAUUAAUGAAAUCGACAACAACGACCCUAAUAUCGACCACGAUCAGCAUCAGCACACGCCAACACCUAAGAAACCAAAAUCCUGAUACAGCAUCCAGCAAUACGUGUGUCACACGUAACAUGAGCCAACAACGUUUACAACAAUCCGCCGGGGAAUCACCUGACCCACAGCAUCACCAAUAA